GUCGGCUUGUCUACGAAAUAUAGUUACUUCCGGUUAUAUCAAUCGCAGUCUUUUAUCUAACUAUAUUUAUUUCCCUACAAGUCAAUCAACCAACUCAUCUCAUGCGAGGGUUAUACGGAGUAUACAUAUAUCCAUAUCCAUAUCCAUAUGCACAAUCAUAUUCAGAUUGUCCACGGCGUUGAUGCUAGCUAUGGUAAGGCUGACUGACCUGCUGAACUUGCUUCAUAUUUACAGACUUACUCUAGCUGAAGCUACUGAUGGAACAGUUUCAUUGCAAAAAGGUCUUGGAGCAUUGUAUAUCCAGUCUAGAAUACUUCUAUCUCUGCCUAGAUUCCUCUCCAGAACGACUGGGCAGUUCGGUCCGGUGCAUUCCCGCGCCAAUAAGGCCAGCCGACUAUUGAACUAACAUCCUUGCUUUGAAUUGAGUUAGAACAUUUUGACACAAAGCUAUACGCUGCUACUUUCUUAGCCAGGGGGAUGAUUUCAAGAGCAAAAUGCUAAGAUAGCUCUCUAAAGAAUGUAUCCGCAUGUGUCGAUUGAUAGAGAGGAAACGAGGGGAGGUAUAUCAGUCCGGAAGUCCCUUGUUCUACGAUGACGAUGAUAUGAAAUGAACGGAUGUUCAAUCGCAUCCUCCGCUUUGUCGCGCUAGUUGGGAACGUAUUUAAGCUUUGCGCCUAGUCCGCUACAAGGGACUACGACCAGCAAGAUCGAACUUCAAACUCAAUCAGCGAACUCUUUUUUAUUGAAUCUACAACGAGUUUCCUACUACCCACCCCCUUCCACGCCAAAAUGUCAGCCAUCAAGGACGAAAGAAAUAAUGACCAUCUCGUGCAGUCUCACGAUCCCGAGCAUCCUGCUAAUUUAAUACCGGCUCUCUGCCGCAAUUUCUACGGCCAUGGCUGGGUUACUGGGACUGGAGGCGGGGCAUCCAUCAAGCGAGAUAACCACAUCUUCAUAGCUCCAUCCGGCGUCCAGAAAGAAUUAAUCCAACCCCACAACAUCUUUGUUCUGCAAUAUCCCACCCCAAAAUACCCUCCAUCAGCGCGCCAAUAUAUCCGCAAACCACUCGAGCUCAAGCCAUCUGCCUGCACGCCCCUCUUCUUGGCUGCUUUCGAUCGUGGCGCGGGGUGCUGCAUCCAUACACAUUCGCAAUGGGCCGUCCUUGUAACCCUUCUCGUCGAGCGUGAGAAGGGGCUGGAGGGUUGUUUUGAGAUCAGCAACAUUGAGCAAAUUAAGGGGAUACCAAAAGGCAAGGGGAAAGGCAUGAUGGGUUUCUUUGACACGCUCAAGAUACCCAUCAUUGAGAAUACGGCGUUUGAGGAGGAUUUGACAUCUAGCCUCGAGGAGGCUAUGGAGAAGUACCCGGAUACAUAUGCGGUUCUGGUCCGGAGGCAUGGCAUAUAUGUCUGGGGAGACGAUGUCGCAAAAGCCAAGACGCAGUGCGAGAGCUUGGAUUAUCUUUUCCAGCUGGCGGUCGAAAUGCAUAAGCUUGGUUUGCCAUGGGUGAAGCCAUGACGUGACCUGUGGAAACAGGUUCAUAACCUUGGUAAAACACAGCUCCGCACAUACAAUGACGCGCACGCCCAAUAUCAGAAGCCCUGAUGGAUGAUUUCACGGCAUGUCUUGCUUUACGGAAGAACACCCUUUUGACGAUAUAGGACCGGUGGAACUUUUCUCUCCCUACCGUGAUAUCAACUUUCAUAUCCGGAAUGGAUGGUUAGCAAGAGGUUGUUUUCAACAUGACCCUCUCUGGAUCAGACAGGUUUCCGGGUUAUAGCAGUAUUAGUUAUCAUUAAUUUUAGAGCAUAGAGACGAUAUCUAAAUUCCAAUAUCAGUUUCUGCUUUCUAGUUGG